AUGGUAUCGCUUGCGCUGUGGCGCAAGACGCGUAGCGCGGAGCCGGAGGACGCUGCGGCCGUGCUGGCGCGCGGGCCGCUGCGCGUGCUGCGCGCGCCCGAGCCUGCGCUGCUGCUGGCGCCGCGCGCGCCGCCUUGCGCUGCUGCCGGCAGUGCUGCUGCACCUGCAGCAGCACCCGCAGUCUGCCUGCAGCACGUGCGCGACGCUGGUCUACAGCAGCUGGACCUAGGCGCGCGCCACGCGCUCGCCAAGCUGCUCCUCGAGACGCAGGCGCAGCUGUACUGA